CCCAGGACAUGAAAGGAAAGGUAGGGAAAUCGUUUAAGAUUUUUAAAAAUUUAAUAUAUUUUUCCCCCUUUACUCCGCCUUUUUCAAAAAAAAAGGGACCCCAGGCGGCUUAACGCCCCUUGAAAGGCAAGAUUUAAAGCGGAAAAACAAGGAAAGGGCACUUUGAAAGACAAAGGUUUAAAACUUCCCUGUCAGGCCAGGUUUAAAGGUAAAAACCACGAGGGCACGAAGCUUUCUUCGUUAAAAAGACAAUAUUUAAAGAAUGAGGGCAGCGGAGUAUCAAGAGGCAGCUGCCACCUUCAUGGAAAGGAGAAAAAAAAAACAAAGCCUAUACACAAAGGUGGCUUUCAUCAUGAAAAACGAUAUUUAAAUAGAAGGAUAAUGACUCUAAAGAGGCAGCUGACAUCGUUGAACGACAAUGUUUAAUGAUGAAAACAAUGAGGAUAAAGGGGUGUCAUUAAAAGACAAUGUUCGAAAGUGAAAAACAGUCUACCUAAGUAUAGAGGUGUUUUAAAAAGGCUCCAACCCAUGGCACACUAAAAGACAAUAAACAAAAGCAGCACCAAAAAAAAAAUACAGUCAAAGCAGGAAGGCGCAGCCAUCCAUUUAAAAACACGGGGCUGAGGCAGCCGGUCCUUGAGGGAAAACUGACCUGGAGAGAAAGGUUUUCGUCUACAUGCAGAAGGAUGUCAAAAAUGGGGCCGGCUUGGACUCCUGUGGAAUCCGUUGGGAAGGAGCACUGGAAGCUGCUGGGGAAUCUGAAGACCACUGUGGAAGGCUUGGUGUCAAUCAACAAUACCAAUGUCUGGUCUAAGUAUGGUGGCUUGGAGCGACUCUGCAGGGACAUGCAUAGCAUCCUAUAUCAUGGGCUCAUCUCAGACAAGGUGUGCUGCAGGCAGAAGGAUUACUGGCAGUUUGUGAAGGACAGCCGCUGCCUGAGCCCGAACGCUGCCCAUCACCUUGAGAAGUUCAUCAGUCUGCAUGAGAACGGGCGGCCAAACACCGACAGCCUCAGCGACCGAGCCAUUGCAGAGCGCUGGCUCCAGCACAGUCUGCAGUUCCAUUGCCUGUCAGCGCAACUGAAGCCUCUGCUUGAGAACAAACAGUACAUCAGGAAAUUCUAUGCAGAUACAGCUUUUCUGCUCAGUGACGCCCAUGUCACAGUCAUGUUGCAGUGCUUAGAGGCUGUAGAACAGAACAACCCCCGGCUCCUGGCUCAAAUAGACACAUCUAUGUUUGCCAGGAAGAGCGAGGUUUGUGUCCCUGUGACCAAGAGCCAGAGUCUCACCGCACUUCCUGGAUCCGUAUGCACCCCUCCCGCUGAGUGCACCGCCCACCGCUAUUUCGGUUCCUUCUCAGGUCUUCACUCAGCCUCUGCCUGCAUCCCAGACAGGAGAUUGUCAAACCCUUCGGUAUGCAGCAGUACCAGCCAGCCUCAGGAUCACACCCUAUGUGCCUCACCUCCGUGGCAGCCGGAGGGCAGGUCCCCCCAGCGCUUAAUGGCUCCUCUUCCACAACUCACGGUCUCUUGCCCUAAAGACUCCCUUUCAGCUGGUGAGAUGAGUGCUAGCGUCUCUGCCAACCCACCUAGUGAGCCCUGCUGGACAGGCCAGGAUGACACUGAUGGGCCUGAAUACUUGGCCAUUGGGAAUCUGGGCAGGCAGAGUCGGGCCGGCAGCAGCCCAAGCGAAGCCAGCACAGGCACCACCAACAGCAUUGGGAGCAGCACCUCCAAUCUGUUCUCAUCCAGUAGCUCUCAGAAACGAGAGUCCGUCUGCUCCUUGGGAGAGCAGAGGGCCAGCAGCAGCAGCAGCAAUAGCAAUCGAGGAAUGAGCUUCUUGCGCAGGUCCAGCUUCUCAGAAGGACAGACAACAGCUCGACAAGGGAUGCUCAGAAGGAGCCACAUGCGCUCCCACUCGGACACCAGUGUGGCCUCUGGGAAGGCUCGCGAAUCCACUGGAGAUGUUUCCGGGUGCAAAGGCAACAUAUCCCGCUCGGCACAGAGUGGCCGAGGGAACACACCUGACUCUGUCUACAUGGAAUAUGAUACUGGGCAGUAUCUACACUCUGGAGAAGGAAUGUUUCGGAGGCCCUCCGAAGGCCAGUCUCUGAUCAGUUACUUGUCAGAGCAAGAUUUUGGCAGCUGUGCAGACUUGGAAAAGGAAAACGCUCACUUCAGCAUCUGUGAGUCCCUCAUUGCUGCCAUUGAGCUGAUGAAGUGCAACAUGAUGAGCCGGCAAUGGGAAGAGGAGGAGGAAGACAGUGACAAGGAGAUCCAGGAGCUUAAGCAGAAGAUCCGUCUCCGGCGACUACAGAUCAGGACCCGCCACCUCCACCCCAGUUACCUCGGCUCAGACAGCCUCUUGGCAACAGACAGCGGGUCCCAUUUCAGUUCCCGAGACUCAACGUGCUUGUCUGACUCAGGUUCUGCAGAAGAAGUGGAUGAGUAUCUUCUGCAGGAUGGUAACGAUGGAUCUAACCUGAUUCAAAUGUCCAAGAAUGGCCUGUCGGUCUCAAUGGCUUCCUUGUUUUCAGAUGCAGACAUCAAGAAGAAUGUGGCCCCCAACAAGAGGUCUUUCCGUGCAUCUGGUUGCACCUUCCACUCCUUCCUCAGCUCCAACUCGGCCGAGGCUGUGGCGAUGGGCCUGCUGAAGCAGUUUGAAGGGAUGCAGCUCCCUGCGGCGUCGGAACUGGAGUGGCUCGUGCCGGAGCACGACGCCCCACAGAAGCUGUUGCCAAUUCCAGAUUCAGUACCUAUCUCUCCUGAUGACGGGGAACAUGCAGAUAUCUACAAACUUCGCAUCCGAGUCCGUGGAAACCUAGAAUGGGCACCACCGCGGCCACAGAUCAUCUUCAAUGUUCAUCCAGCACCCACGAGGAAAGUGGCAGUAGCCAAGCAGAACUACCGCUGUGCGGGUUGUGGUAUCAGGACCGACCCAGACUACAUUAAGCGCCUGCGCUAUUGCGAGUACCUGGGCAAGUACUUCUGCCAGUGCUGCCACGAGAACGCUCAGACGGUCAUCCCCAGCCGCAUCCUGCGCAAGUGGGACUUCAGCAAAUAUUACGUCAGCAAUUUUUCUAAGGACCUGCUCAGCAAGAUCUGGAGCGACCCCCUCUUCAACGUGCAGGACAUCAACGCUGCCCUCUACCGAAAAAUCAAGCCACUCAACCAAGUCCGGCUGUUGAGAAUCCAGCUGUACCACAUGAAGAACAUGUUCAAGACUUGCCGCUUUGCUAAAGGGCUUCUGGAUGUCUUUGACUCUGUGCCGGGCCACUUGACGGAAGAUCUCCACCUCUACUCCUUAAAUGAUCUGAGCGCCACGAAGAAUGGCGAGCUUGUGCCGUGCUUGACAGAGCUCCUCCGGGCAGGCACCCUGCACGUGGAGAAGUGCAUGUUGUGCCAAGCCAAGGGCUUCAUCUGCGAGUUCUGCCAGAACGAGGAGGACAUCAUCUUCCCCUUCGAGCUGAAUAAGUGCAGGACGUGUGAAGAAUGCAGAGCCUGCUAUCACAAGACCUGCUUCCGUUCAGGCCCCUGCCCCAAGUGUGAGCGGCUUCAAGCCCGGAGGGAGCUGCUGGCAAGACAGAGCAUGGAAGCUGAGCUCUCGGACUACGAAGACGGACAAGAGGAGGCAGAGGCAGGAGCGGCCACGUGACAGACUACCCUUCGAUGCCUGGCCUUUGCCUCCAGGGACUGGACUUGACUCUGAACCAAAACUGACUUGCCCGUGGCUAGCAGGCCAAUGCGAUGGAGAAACCCCCGAAGGCUCUUUUUUUGCACCUGGCCGGGGAGAUUUGGUAUUUCAUUCCGUCUGGGCUGCAGAACUGGGGGGAGAGGCUGGUUUGCUUGCUCUUCCUGCCACCCGGGUUCGAUGCACUACACAGCGAAGCUGGGCUACCCCCACUAAAAAGGAGAGCGGCUGCCUUUUGUCCGAGUGCCAGGGUCGAGUGCCUGAACCUGUUUCCUGUUCCACCGUCUGGGAGAAGCUGACAAUGGGUGUGCCGGGGUGGAGGGGCUGAGCUCUCUCUCUCUCUUGGAGGUACCAAGGCCCUCCUGAUGGGGGGAGGAAACCCCACUUGAAUUGUUCUGCUCACUGUUGGCUGCCAUUUGCCAGAAAGGGGCCACUUCUGUUUGAAUGGCUGGUUGGCCGGAACCACUGCCUGUAACUUUGCUGCUGAUCCUCUCUGCUCCAGCUCUCAUUUUGUGCCUGAGAUAUCGAUGGGGAAGCCAGAGAAGGUGUGUUUCUGUUAUAUUGGGAAUUACCAAGCCAUUGGAGGAAAAAAAAAUAGAUGGAAGAAGCAACAGCGUCCCAGUAACCAGAUGGCUUCGCAGGCUAUGUUGCCAAACACCUUUUGUAAAAUGGUCUGCCAAUGAAAACACACGUUCUCUCACACUCCUCCUCCUCUUGCAACACUUCCUUCUCUCUUUUCUCAUCCCCGUCUCUCCUCCUCCCUCUGUCGCUGGAAUGCAUCUUUCAAGCCAGUGGAACUUGCAGCCGACAACACCAUACCCUUCCAGGCUGCUUGUCUUGGCAGGAGUUGUGUUUUCCUUUCUGUCUGGUCAGUCCAUGGGCCUGCAACCCCUAGGAGUAAGCGCAGGGAAUGGAUAAAGGGUCUCUCCACACCUCCCCCCCCCCAUUUGAGCAAGCCUGCUUUCCCUUGGGCAUAGCUUGGCCACCUUCUCGCUCACUCACCAUUGAGGUUUGUAGUGUUGUGUGUGCCUGACCCUCCCUCCUGUGUGCUGGAAUUUCCUACGAGUUGCCCGUCACCCUCUGCUGCUUGCCUGCUGUCUUCCUUCUAAGGAAAGCCCUGUCGUGCCCCCUUGUCAGCCCGUUCUGAGCUCACAGAUGUCUGCCUGGUGCCCUGAAACGGACCACGUGCCUGCAGGUUCAGGGCAAGGAGAGAACAAAGCAGAGGAGGCCCUGGAAAUAAAUCUUUUCCGGAUCAGGCUCGUGGAUGGAGCUUGUUUUCCCUCCCUGCUUCCAGCGGUGCCCCUAACAUCUUAGCAAAGUAUGUUAGGCUGUGUCUAAUGCAGGUGGCCACCACCACCCCACUCCGAGAGUCCUCAUUUGUGUUGCUGUUUUGCAAGCUAGCCAGGAGUUCCUUGCAUCGUGGCUUGCCAAGGCAGCAGUAGGCUUUCACGGGCAGCCCACAACCUGUCAUGAAGGAGCAGGUGGCUUGUGAAUGUGUGUAAGGGUCAGUGCAUUGUCUGGAGGUGGGAACAACACGCCAUGUUGUCCUGAGUAUUUCUGUCGGGCCAGGAAGGAUUGAGGGCCUUCUGGCAUAGUUGACUGAAAGCGGAGGUUCGGAAGCAGACUCUUCCCAAAAUUGCUUCACAUGUGCUUUCUUUUUUGGCACAGAUGGCAAGACCUGAUUUUAAGACUCAUGGGGGCAAGGAGGGAUUUGCACCGAUUUUAAAAAAAGAAAGAAAGAAACAACUCUGUUGGUUCUUCUUAAGAAAAGCAGUGACUGAAAUCCAACUGACAUGCAGUGGACAGGCAUUUGCAGAGUGAAAAGGACCGGGUCUUUCGCUUUGCGGCAGUGAGAAAUGUUUACACUUCCCCCUUUGCUUUUCUUGUCUUUUUUCAAGCCACAAAAUUGUUAGUUUUAAGGUUUUUGUAGGGCCAGGAAGCUGUUCUUCCCCACUAUCUGUUAAGUGCAACACGGGAAGAUUCUGGUGCUUCUCUGUGGCUUGGACUGACUUUAAUUUCACUGACCUAAUUAGUGGUCUCUGGCCCAGAACCUUGGCCUUCGGUGCUUCUGAUGGGUUUGAAGCACCGGCGGUAUGUGUCGCCCCCAGGAAUGGUAUACUUGGAAUACUUCACAGGCUGUCCUGGUUUCAGAAAGAAAAUCCUCACGCGAUUGGCUUCGAAAUGUUCAGGAAUGUGGUUUCUCUUUAAACCUGUUUGCAAGCUGGUGGAAAGCGCCCUAGAAUGAAAGAAUGAAGGAGCAAAGGAACAAGGGAGGUGGGAACCCAGAUAAAUAGGUGGCCUUGUUUGGUGAGAGAGGUCACUUGGGUGGACCUGUUAAGUUGAACCCUUUGGAUGCCUUUUGGGGUUGGAAAUUCUCUUGAGAUGGUUUCUCUUUCGAUAUUUGGCUGCAAGGCUGUUAUCCAUCGGCUCACUCCAAAUGUGGGAUUUCCUAUGCCACACAAGGGGACCCCUGCUCCCAUAGGUCUGUCACCCCUACAGUUGCCUCUCGUUUUACUCCCGUGGAAACAGAAAUACGUGUGAAUGGAACUGGCUUCCAGGUUACACCCCACCACCACCCCCUGGCCGGGUCUGUACUGGCAAAAACGCAAACGUGAAAAGGUUGCCGCUGUGUGGUCUCUCCGAUCCUUGCUCUCCGGCUCCUUUCCCUUGCCCUCACUUGAGAAGCUUGGAUUUGCUAAGAUCUCCUAACCAUGUGCAUAAGCUUCCCUUUCUGCCAGAAAGUAUUUGCAUAUUUUCUGCACUAAUGCUUCCCUCUCUACCACCCCAUUCACUUCUUAAGAAGUUUCUAUUCUACCUGUUUCAUGACCACAGUACCUAGAACGUUCAUUGGGGGGGGUGUCAAAUAAAAAUCUUGAAUUAGGUUGCUUUUGUUUGGAGGCAGGGGGGGAGGAAGUGAGCGUGUGGUUCCUUUUGCAGGGUGUGAUCCGGAUAUGAGAGGGGCUCAUGGCCGCUUCCCCUCUCCGAAAUAAAUGGGGCUAGCCCGCCUUUCUGGGGGUUGGAUGAGGCUGGGGGACAGUGGGCCAGCAUCCCACACGGCGCGACCCUGCCUCAUUCGAGGAUCUCAUGCCCUAAAAAAAGAGAGAGUUAAUCCGAACAGCACCCCAUCCCAUGGGUUCCCUCCAGGAUGCCGCCUCUCGGGACGAUUUCUCCAAGAGCCUGGGCAUGUUGAGUUUUUUUGUAUGCACUUUUUGCACUCCAAGGCCCUGUUUCAUAGCUGUUUUCCAGAAGCACUGAUUUUGAUUUCAGGAAAAGCCAGCAGAUGGAUAGUUUGGUGUUUUGUUUUACGUGAAUGUUCUUCAGAGUCCUUUCUGGAGUGGCUUGGAAGGCCCAAGAAGGGAGGAAGUGCGUUCCAGCGGAAGAGUUGAGCCGGAGUGCGAAACGCUGAUGACGCUGCGGUCAGGUCUGGGGGUUUGCGAUGGUUUCGCCGAAGGAUUGCCACCCGUAUUGUUGUACAUGGUAUGUUUGUAAAACCAGUGUUAGUGUUGUUGAAACUGUCUCCCCACCCCUUUCCAUCUGCUGCGGUGUUUUGCACACAGCAUAAUAAUGGAAAUCCCGUCCAUAAUAAACUACAUUAAUAAUUA